CCUUGGACUACGGUACCUAACAGAAACCAAGCACAUUCAUUCAUUCAUGAUUCACAUCAUUCAGUGGCAGCUGCCAGCAGCAGCACAGCAUGGAUCCCGCUCGGCUUCAGGACAGUUCAAUCUGGCUGGUUCAGGAGAAGCUGGUGGCACCUAACAACGUGAAGUCACUGUUUCUUGGCCAUUUUGGACUGUCCUCCAUGGCUUGAUCUUGCAGGCGGGCAAUUUGUCUUCCAUCUAUUUAUCGGGCCUGAUCCAUGUGAUUGACAGCUCCUCUGACAAAGUGCCCCUGCAAGUGAAGAACCAUGGCGAAAGAGCCGCUGUUGCCGAUCACCCAUCAGCCCAGUGUUGUGUCAGAGGCGCAUUCUGGUCUUACUGAAGCUGCAGAAGGGUCGAUUGUUGGUGGCACUCCGUAUGGAACGCCCACCCCGGCUCCCCCCAGUAACCCUCCCCGACCUGGGAUUGGCCACUCCUCAGUGUCAGACAGCUCAAAUGCGAGGGCCCAGGUAGCAAGCUCGCCGCCACCUGUGUUCCAGCUGCCAGGAGUCUCCUCUCCUGGCGGCGGUGGUAGUGUGAUUGAUAUGACGUCUGUGGGGGCUGAAGCUGGUGGCAGCAUGCCGGCGCGGAUCUUAUUCGCCGGCGCGCAGUUUUCAGAGAGCCAGCCGGGCGGCGGCAUCCUUGCAACUGAUGCCAGCAGUCACGUGGACGGUGCCAAUGGGGCGGUGGUACAUGACCACCUCCUGGAUGAUGCCUCAUCGGCUGGCCCUUCCGUGGACCACUUUUUGAGCUUCUCUUCAGACACGGUCCCUAAAGAGAAGCGGAUCGCGAACAUUGGGAGCCUGCCGUUUGGCGCCAUGCUUUCUCCAGUAAAAGAGAUGACUCCAGGCCCUCCGGUGGUGAGGACACCACCAGUCGCUUGCGAGAACUGCGGCGCUAUACACAACCUGUACAGCCAGAAGGUGGUCACCCCGGCGGGUGCAACGGCCUGGCGGUGCGCCUUUUGCCAACACGAUGACGAGGAGGCAGGGCACGCCCUCUACUGGAGUGGGAGUGACUACAGUCAGCGCCCCGAGCUGUCCUGCGGCGUGGUGGACUACCUGGAUGCGGCCGCGCUGCACCCCGGCUACUCUUCUGCGUCGGACGCGGCCAUGGCGGCGCCCGUGCUCUUUGUGCUGGACGAGUGCCCCGACCCGCUCGAGCUGCAGCACAUGCAAGCCAGCCUGGCGGCCACCCUAGAGAGCGUUUCGCCGGCCACGCGUGUGGGCAUUAUCACGUACGGCAAAGCAGUCUCUGUCUACGACCUCUCGCACACGGGGGUGGCCGCUGCGGACAUCAUUCCCGGCAGCACGGCCCCUAGUCCCGCCUCCCUCAAGUCGCUGUUAUACGGCACCGGCGUCUACCUAGCCCCUCUCCACGCCUGCCUACCUAUUGUUCAGGACGUCAUCGCCGCUCUUCGGCCAUACCGCGGCACAACUCCGGAAGUCGAGCGGAAGCGCUGCCUGGGGGUGGCGGUAGAAGUGGCGCUGGCACUCAUACGUGGGCCUGCCUCCGACAUUGUGCGCUCCAGCCGCGGCCAGCCUGGCGGCAACGGCCGCAUCCUGGUGUGUGCGGCGGGCCCCGUCACGGAGGGCCCCGGGUCCAUUCCGGCGCACGAGGCGCACCCCGCGUUCCAGUACGAGCUGCAGCGCGCGGCGCAGCACAUGGCGGGCCUGGGCCGGCAGGCCAAGCAGCUGGAGGUGGCCAUCGACGUGCUGGCCGCGGGCACGUGCCCCGUUCGCGUGCCAGUCCUGCUCCCGCUCGCGGAGGCGUCGGGCGGCACGAUGCUGCUUCUCGCGGACGGCUUUGAGGCAACUUUCGCGGAAAAUGUGCGGCGCGCCCUGCUGCGUGGUAGCGGCUCUCGUGGCAGCCUGUGCGUGCGCUGCACCCCGCCGUUGCAGCUGGCGCGGGUCAUUGGACCUGCUGAGGCGCCCUCGGAGACUCCGGAAGCGGCAGGGCCCAGCGACACGGGCGCGUGGUUCCAGUUGUCGAGCGUGGAGCGGCAGCAGGGGCUGGCGCUGUUCCUGGAGCUGGCGGAGGACCACACCGGCGAGUGGGCGUACCUGCAGGCGGCGGUGCACUACACCAACACGCACCAGGGCAGCGUGGUGCGCGUCAUCACCACCCGGCUGCCCGUCAGCGGCAGUGUGUCAGCGUACCUGCGUGGCGUGGACUGCGGCGUGGCGGCCGUGCUGGUAGCCAAGAAGACGGUGCUGGCGGCGCGGAGCAGCCGCGAUGCGGUGGAGCUGCGCGAGCAGUUGGACCAUCGGAUACGCGACAUGGCCACGCGCCUCGGCCGCGCCGCAGAGACGCCCGGCCUGCGCCGCUUUCCUCCCGAGGUUGCGCGCCUGCCCGAGAUGCUGUUCCACCUGCGGCGGGGCCCCCUGCUGGGGAGCAUCCUGGGGCACGAGGACGAGCGGGCCGUGCUGCGCCACUGCUUUCUGCAGGCGGACCUUGCGUUGUCUUCCGCGAUGGUGGUUCCGCGGCUGCUGGCGCACCGGCAGGGCGGCACCUUCGAGGAGCUGCCCCCCGCCAGCCUGGCGCUGCAGCCGGACCACGUGCUGCUGCUGGACCACGGCACCCACGUCUUCAUCUGGCAGGGGUCCGAGACGGGCGGGCCGGCGCAGGAGGCGGCCGCUGCGGCGUGCAGCAGCCUAGCCGCGGAGCUGGCGGAGCAGCGCUUCCCCGCGCCGCGCAUCCUCGCCUUCCAGGAGGGCAGCUCGCCUGCGCGCUACCUGGUGGCGCGGCUCAUCCCCGGCCACAAGGACGCGCCGUACGAGCAAGAAACCCGGUUCCCACAGAUCAAGCAACUGUCCGCAGAAGCGCGCGCCAGCUUGCGCAACAAGUUGCUGGCCACCGACGAUCUCAGCUUCUGCGAGUGGAUGCGACAGCUCAGGGUUGUGCCUACAGACAGUCGAUGAGCUUGCAUCCGAUUCGGCUUCCUACACUGCCGAGUUAAGGUAUCGACUGUACUUGCCGCACCACAUUCUCCCCCUGACAGCAUCCUAAACGUGUAGAUGGCAAGGUGACAUGGCAUGAAAAUAUGUGCAAUGGUAUUUUUGUACGGUGUUUCUGCAUGUUAGAGGCACGGUAACAGGGAUCGGCAUUUGUAAUUUUCGGCUUUGAGUUCUGGACGCUAGAACUUGUUUCUACAUGGAUGGCGGUGUGAAGAAGUUGGUG